AUGGAAGUAGAAGAACGGCAACAAGCAUGGAAGAAGAAAUUUUACUUGGAAUUACCAAAAGUGGAACUUCAUGCCCACUUGAAUGGAUCUAUGAGUUCUAAAACCAUGAGGAAAUUAAUAGCCAAGAAGCCAGAUCUUAAAAUAAAUGAUCAAAUGACCGUGAUUGACAAGGGAAAGAAGAGAACGUUAGUAGAAUGUUUCCAGAUGUUUCAACUUAUUCAUCAGCUUACUACUAGCCCUGAAGACAUUUUAAUGGUUACAAAAGAUGUCAUUAAAGAAUUUGCAGAUGAUGGUGUCAAGUACCUGGAACUGAGGAGCACACCCAGAAGAGAAAAUGCCACUGGAAUGACUAAAAGGACUUAUGUGGAAUCUAUACUUGAGGGCAUAAAACAAGCCAAAGAAGAAAACUUAGACAUUGAUGUUAGGUAUUUGAUAGCAAUCGACAGAAGAGGUGGACCUUUAGUAGCCAAGGAGACUGUUAAACUUGCUAAAGAGUUCUUCCUUUCUAGUGAGGAGACAGUCCUUGGCCUUGACCUCAGUGGAGACCCUACAGCAGGACAAGCAAAAGACUUCUUGGAACCUCUUUUGGAAGCUAAAAAAGCCGGUCUGAAAUUGGCAUUGCAUCUUUCAGAGAUUCCAUGCCAGAAAAAAGAAACACAAAUGUUCCUGGAUCUGCUUCCAGACAGAAUUGGGCAUGGGACAUUUUUUAAGUCCUCUGAGGAAGGAUCCCUGGAUCUGGUGGACUUUGUGAGGCAACAUCGGAUACCACUGGAAUUCUGUUUGACUUCAAACAUCAAAAGUCAGACAGUACCUUCUUAUGAUCAACAUCAUUUUGGAUACUGGUACAGCAUUGCCCAUCCCUCUGUGAUCUGUACUGAUGAUAAGGGUGUUUUUGCAACAAGCCUUUCUCAAGAGUAUCAGCUAGCAGCAGAAACAUUUAAUUUGACUCAGUCCCAGGUGUGGGACCUGUCAUAUGAAUCUAUCAACUACAUCUUUGCUUCGGACAGUACGAGAUCUGAACUAAGGAAAAAGUGGAAUCAUCUGAAGCCCAAAGUGUUACAUUUUUAA